AUGGACAGGUUCCGAAUGCUCUUCCAGCACCUCCAGUCCAGCUCUGAGUCAGUGAUGAACGGUAUUUGCCUGCUGCUGGCUGCAGUCACAGUCAAGAUGUACUCCUCCUUCGACUUCAACUGCCCUUGCUUAGCACGCUACAAUGCCCUCUACGGCCUGGGCCUGCUGCUCACGCCUCCACUGGCCCUCUUCCUCUGUGGCCUUCUGGUCAACCGGCAGUCUGUGGUGAUGGUGGAAGAGUGGCGCCGGCCAGCGGGGCGCCGGAAGAAGGACCUGGGCAUCAUCAGGUACAUGUGCUCCUCUGUGCUGCAGAGAGCUCUAGCAGCACCCCUGGUCUGGAUCCUGCUGGCCCUCCUUGAUGGGAAGUGUUUUGUGUGUGCCUUCAGCAGUUCUGUUGACCCUGAGAAGUUUCUGGACUUUGCCAACAUGACCCCCAGCCAGGUGCAGCUCUUCCUGGCCAAGGUGCCCUGCAAGGAAGAUGAUCUGGUGAGAGACAGCCCUGCACGAAAGGCCGUGUCCCGAUAUCUGCGGUGCCUGUCACAGGCCAUUGGAUGGAGUAUUACCCUGCUUCUGAUAGUGGUGGCUUUCCUGGCCCGCUGCCUCAGGCCAUGCUUUGACCAGACAGUCUUCCUGCAGCGCAGAUACUGGAGCAACUACGUGGACCUAGAACAGAAGCUCUUUGAUGAGACGUGCUGUGAGCAUGCACGGGACUUUGCGCACCGUUGCAUUCUGCACUUCUUUGCCAGCAUGCAGAAUGAGCUGCAGGCCCUAGGGCUGCGUCGGAACUUAAUAGGUGGGAACCCAAAGCCACAAGAACCCCCGAAAACCCCAGAGGACCUGGAUGGUGGAAGUGGGAAGGACUACCUGCGUGCAAUUUGCAGCCAGGAGCAGGUGGACCACCUCCUAUGCACCUGGUAUUCCAGCAAACCACCACUUGACCUUCCAGCAUCCCCCAGUCUCUGGAGACCUGGCCUUAACCAUCGUGCCCCCGUGGCUGCUCCAGGUACCAAGUUGUACCACCAUACUGAUGUAUAG